GCUACAUCUUUUGGAAACCUCCAAAGAAAUUAUGUUUGUGUAUCCUGAUGCUGUACUCACUUUUGACACUUAUAUAUCACCUUUACAUUAUGCAACAAGACAAUUUGGCUGGUUACAUACAGAACCAUCGAAGAACUAUUGUGAAUGCAGCGUGUUUCCAGAACAACCUGAAUAAUUCUAGAUAUUCAGCAGUUGCUUCCAGAAGCCUGUUUGUUGAGCACUACCAUAAGCUUAUAUACUGUGAAGUACCAAAAGCUGGUUGCUCUAAUUGGAAGAGAGUAAUAUUUUUACUGAAAUUAGGUUUUCUCCAUUAUCCAGAGGACCUGAAACACAAAGAUGUCCACAACAACAAAUUAUUAAACAGGUUAAGCGAAUACUCAGUUGACCAGCAGAAGGAGAUAUUAAAUAAAUACACAAAAGUAAUGUUCUCUCGUCAUCCCUUCACAAGGCUUGUUUCUGCUUAUAGAGAUAAAAUUCUUCAUUCUCAGGCUUACUACACAGAUGUUGUAAGGUCAAUAAAGAAUAAAAUCAGGAGGGCUCAAAAUCUUGAAAGUGAUGUUACUUUUGAAGAGUUUGUUCGCUUUCUUCUUCAGGAGGAUCCAAGAAAUAUGGAUAUUCAUUGGAGACCCAUGCAUCACAUUUGUGACCCAUGCAACAUUCAAUAUGACAUAUAUGGCAAGUUUGAAACAAUAAAGCUUGAUGCAGAUUAUCUUCUGAGAUCUAUAAAGGCCCCAUAUUACCUUAAAUACCCAAGUAUUAAAGAAUAUCCGAAUGAAUCCAGAACUAACGAAAUCAUAAGCAAAGGCUACUUCAAAAGCCUAUCUAAGCUACAACUUCAAGGUCUUGCCAAAAUCUACCACUUUGAUUUUGUCAUGUUUAAUUAUAAAAAUAUUUAUAAUAUAAAUGAAGUCACAGUUCAUAAAUUAAGCAGUACUUAGAGUGGACCUGUAAUUCUAUUGUCAUUUUUUUUGAAGAAUCAACCUUGAGCAACACUGUCAUUUUUAAAAUUUACAUCUAUUUUAAGAUCUGGUGCCUAAAGGCCAGAACUGGCCCCUUCUUCCUCCUCCCCACCUGCAAU